GUUGAACACCUGUCCCGGUUAUUACAUGAAUAGGGAUGACUGUAUUGUCCAACACUCAUUCCAAGAAACCACUCCAAUACUUCAAUAAGCUAAUUGUUAAUUGUAAAUCUGUACCAUCAUCAUCUACUAACAAUUCAAAUUCAGCCGGUUUUCUUUUGACGUGUCGAUUUUAGAUGGUGUUGAUACAAAACAUUUCUACCGCUUCUCCCGGUUUAAGCUUUCAGUGACCUACCAAACAGAGUAUUACAGCAAUCAAAGCUCCUCACUCUAAUUGCAACAUGAUUAUAGGUGCUGCAGCUGAUACCUGAGUUCUGUUUCUGCCUUCACUGUUCACGAAUGGAACAAGCUAGGAAAUAUAUGUCUAAAUCUGAGUCAUUACUCUCUAAAAUUUUUAAUUAUGAAAUUCCCAAAAUGAAAGAGUAUGUACAUGAGCCUAAAGAUGAAGCUUAUUUCCACAAGCUCAUUCAAGAAUGUCAUAGAGAAAGGCAACAGACUUCUCAAGGAGCUUUACCUGCGACGACCGUGGAUAAAAAAGCCCACUGCAUAACUCCUACUGCACCACUGGUGGAGGUUCCUCACAUUUCCGCCCAAGAAAAUUUUAGGUUUGCUGACAGUUCAGUGCCUCCACAAAUGCACAGAAAAGAUGGUCUACACGCUCGGAACAAAAAUUUCUCACCGCCUAAGCCAGAUCAGAUAAAGAAGAAAUGCAGACGGAAUCCUUUAUCCACUAUAUCCAGUAAUGAUUUGUUACUUAACAGGACAAAUAAUAUGCGCAGUGGAGAUUUAUUAAAAAACAUGCCAUACCCCGAACACUUAAGGGGUCUAAUGGUUGAGAAUGCUCCAAUUCCACAAUCUCACAAUCGUACCGCUUCCGACCCUUUCAUCACGCCCAUUCAACCUUAUGCAAGACAGAAAGCCAAACUGAAUAAAAAAGCAGAAUCGAAUAUUUCCAAGCGUCCUGAUUCACAUAAGUUUAAAACAAAAGUACAGCCAGUGCCCCCAUCUUUGCAUACUCAACAAAGGAAAGCCGUGCGCAAAAGGAAUAUUCAUGAUAAAGGGAAGAGGUAUGCACAUAACUCUACAGAAGGUAUAAAGAUUGUUAAAUGUGGUGUUGCCUCUCCUGCCAGCACAGACCAAUUGCCCAAUCAAGAUUUUGAUAGUGAUGUUAGUGACUUCUAUUCAGAUAAAGAUUUUGGUGAUGAUCUCUUUGACAAUUCAUUCCAAUUCCAGUCUGAGAUUGGAUCCAGUACUUAUAGCAACACCAGAAAAGAAGUUGAAAGCAUUUCACGCAAAUUGGAUUUUGAUUUGAAUCAAAAAGAUUCAAGCACUUCUGAGCAAUUCCACGACCUCGAAUAUUCUUACAUUGCUGACAUGUGCAGUGAUCAAAGUGAUGGUGACUCUGAAGAUGAUUAUGCUGAUGACAUCAAUUAUGAGACUUAUGAGGUUUUGGAAAAGGCAAAAAAAGUUGUCAAAGAGUAUGCCACCCUUGGUGCUCCAAAUGUUCAAUGUGAUAAAUGUCAUGCUUGGAUGUGGAAAGAGGAACGUGUAAAUAAGAGUGUUGUCAAGGGUAAACCUGUCUUCUCCAUCUGUUGUGCAAAGGGUCAAAUUCAACUUCCCAAGGAGAAGCCCACUCCUUCUUACAUCUGGCAGCUGCAUAAUGAUAAGAAAAAAGCUCAAAGGUUCAAGGAUGGCAUCCGUUUAUACAAUAGUCUGUUUGCGUUCACAUCUACCGGGGGAAAAGUUGAUCACAGUAUUAAUAACGGAGGAGCACCUUAUGUUUAUCGGUUAAACGGACAGAACCACCACCUUUUUGGUUCCCUUAUACCUGAUGAGGGUGAUGAACCGAAAUUCUGCCAGUUAUAUAUUUAUGAUACCGAGAACGAAAUUAGUAAUCGGCUUAGAUGGGUAAAUGCCGAUGAUGGUGAUAAUGUUGAUGCUGAAAUUGUUGAAGGAUUAAUGAAGAUGUUAGAUGAAACUAACGAAUUGGUCAAGGAAUUUAGGUCAGCCCGCGACAGAUAUGAAAAGCAUGGUGUUCAAGAUUUGGAAAUAAUCCUAAAAGUUUCUAGGUCUGAGAGCGGUCGAGAAAAUCAUAUCACCCCGUCAGAUGAGGUUGCUGGCAUAAUGGUGGGUGACAUGGAUGAUACUGAUGGAGUACGUGAUAUUAUCAUAAAUUCUAAAAUAAAAGGCUUGGAAAGGAUAACUGAUAUUCACCCUAAACUCAUGGCACUACAAUAUCCUCUGCUUUUUCCUCAUGGCUGUGAUGGUUUUCAUAAGGAAAUCCCGUUUGGCACAAGUCAGAACAUGGCACAGAAGCGAAGAGAGAUGAUUACAAUGAAAGAGUAUUAUUCAUACAAACUGCAAGUGCGUACUAAUCAAGCAAUGACACCACGUCUUGGUGGUAGACUUUACCAGCAAUAUAUAGUUGAUGCUUUCUCAAGCAUUGAGCAAGCCCGUCUCUGGUGGUUUCGCACCCACCAAACCACCUUGCGUACUGAUCUAUAUACCAACGUGAAGAACUCUAUGACAUCAGGUAAUUCGGACACUUCAAAUAUGGGAAAAGGAUUUAUUUUACCCUCUGGAUUUGUUGGAUCAAGAAGGUACAUGCAGCAGAAUUUCCAAGACGCACUAGCUGUAUGUCGAUAUAUCGGACACCCAGAUGUUUUCCUUACAAUGACCACAAAUCCAGUUUGGGAUGAAAUAAUGGAAAUGAUGAAGCUGAUUCCUCACUGCAGUCCCCAGAAUUCACCUGAUGUUAUAGCACGUGUUUUCCACUUGAAACUCCAGCAGUUAGUAGAUGAUAUUAAGAAAAAGAAUUAUUUUGGGACAUGCCUUGGAGUUAUGUACGUGGUAGAGUUUCAGAAAAGGGGUUUGCCACAUGUGCACAUGCUAAUAUGGUUGGAUUCUGCCUCCAAACUUAAUCUUCAAGCAAAUGUGGACAAGUAUGUUUCAGCUGAGAUCCCGGAUGAAAAAAUUGACCCAGUUGGUCAUGCCGCUGUAAAAGCUUUUAUGAUGCACGGUCCAUGCGGUAAAGAAUUUCCAAAAUCACCAUGCAUGAAACAAUUCAAAUGUACAAGACAUUUUCCAAAGAAGUUUUGUCAAGCUACCACAUUUGAUCAGUCGGGAUUCCCAAUAUACAAGCGUAGGCAGACCAAUAUAACCGUGAAGAAAGGAAAAGCAGAUCUUGAUAAUCAGUGGGUCGUUCCUUACAACCGUGAUCUAUUGGUCAGGUAUCAAUGCCAUAUGAAUGUUGAAAUAUGUGCACAUGCCCGUAGCUUGAAAUACCUGUUCAAGUACUGCCUUAAAGGCCAUGACAGAGCUACAGUUGAAAUUAGAGGGAAAAAACAAAGACCAAACAAUGGAGAUUUGUUGGAUCAAAAUGAGGAUGAAAUUCAGUCGUUUUUCGAUGGAAGGUACAUUUGUGCAUGUGAAGCCGCUUAUCGUAUCUUUGGCUUCAAUAUACACUACAGGUCGUUGGCGGUUGAACGUCUCUCUUUUCAUUUAGAAGGUCAGAAGCAAUGUACUUUCCGUUCAAAUGAGCCAUUAGAGAAAAUUGCAGAAAGAGAGAAGGAAAGACACACUCAAUUAGAAGCCUACUUUAUUCUGAAUUCCACUGAUACAAAUGCAAAGAAAUUCCUGUAUGAUGAAAUACCCCAAUAUUAUGUCUGGAAUGAUGUGGAUAGAAUAUGGACAACUAGGAAAAGAGGGAAGAAAAUUGGGAGGUUGUCUUACACACAUCAUAGUGCAGGUGAAUUAUGGUAUUUGCGACUACUGUUGACCAAAGUGCGUGGAGCAACCUCUUUUGAGCAUUUAAGAACAGUGAAAGGGACUAUUUAUUCAACUUUUCACGAAGCAUGUAAGGAAUACGGACUUCUUGAUGAUGACAGUGAAUGGGAUCAGGUUCUACAGGAAUGUUCAGUUUCUGGAUUUCCACAACAAAUUCGCCAAUUGUUUGUACACAUCAUGGUGAACUGCAAGGUGUCAGAUCUGAAUUCUUUGUGGAACAAUCACUGGAAAAACAUGGUUGAUGACAUUUUGUUAAACCAGAGGAGAAUAACAGGGAAUCCACUUCUAAUCCUCAACGAGAAACAACAACAGUUCUAUGCUCUCGCAGAAAUCCAUAAUCUACUAAAGACCAUUGGAAAAUCAAUCAAGGAAUUCAAUCAAUUGCCUCAGCCUCCAAAUAGUUAUCUCGAUUGUUCCGUAAAUAAUUUAAUAAUCGAGGAAACAAGUUACAACAUUACAGACAUGAAGAAAGAGUAUGAACAACUGUUUGCAAGUUGUAACAAGGAACAGUUGGAAGUGUAUCAUGCUGUCAUGGAAUCUGUUGAGAAAAAUGAAGGAGGCGUCUUCUUUAUUUAUGGGAGUGGAGGAUGCGGUAAGACCUACUUAUGGCGAACUUUGAUAUCUAAACUCAGGUCAGAAUGUAAAAUCGUGUUACCAGUUGCAUCUUCAGGCAUUGCAGCAACUCUCAUGCCCGGAGGCCGAACUGCACAUUCCAGGUUCAAAAUUCCAAUUGUCCUAGAUGAAUAUUCCAUGUGUUCUAUUUCUCAUACAUCGGAUAUUGCUGAAUUGAUUAAAAAAACAUCACUCAUAAUCUGGGAUGAGGCACCGAUGCAACAUAGAUAUUCAUUUGAGUGCUUAGAUAGAUCACUUAGAGAUAUUAUGAAAGCAGUUGAUCCUAAACGAUUUCAUAUGCCUUUUGGAGGUAUUACGAUUGUUUUGGGUGGGGAUUUUAGGCAAAUCCUUCCUGUUAUUCCCUUGGCUGGACGUGGUGAGAUUGUUGGAGCAUCUAUUACAAGAUCCAAGCUGUGGAAGUUGGCCAGUGUUUACAAAUUACACCAUAACAUGCGUUUGAACAAGGGGAACAACAGGGAGGAAAUUGAGGCUUUAACCCAUUUUGCUCAAUGGGUGUUGGAUAUUGGCGAUGGUAAAGUUGGUCGACCAACAAACAACAAUAAGGAAUAUGGUGAAGAUGAUAUUGCAGUGCCUAAAAAGUUCUGCAACUUGGAUUCAGAUAAUUCUGUCGAUCAAAUGAUUCACAACACAUUUCCAAAUUUCUGGGAGAAUUAUCAAGAUCCGGAUUACUUAAGUGAAAGAGCUAUAUUAACACCAACUAAUCAAACAGUUGGAAAUGUUAAUAGCAUUAUCGUGGAAAAGAUUCCCGGUGAGAUGUCAUCAUACUAUAGCCUUGACACUGCAGAAGAUUAUCCAGGUACACAAAGAGAACAGUUGGCAUCUUUCCCCCCAGAAUAUCUAAACUCCUUAAAUAUUCCCGGUUUGCCUUUGCAUGAAUUAAAGCUUAAAGUCGGUGUCGUAGUCAUGUUGAUGCGCAAUUUGAAUCAAACAUUGGGUUUGUGUAAUGGUACGAGGAUGAUGGUCACCAAGUGUCUCCAAUUCUGUGUUGAAUGUGAAGUAAUAGCAGGGCAAUUUAAGGGAACAAAACAUUUUAUUCCAAGGAUGGAGUUAUGUCCAACAGAAACAAGGCUACCAUUCAAAUUAUGUAGAAAACAAAUGCCUCUACAAGUAUGCUAUGCCAUGACCAUAAACAAAGCACAGGGGCAAUCUCUUGAAAGAGUUGGUUUGUUUUUGCCAAAAGGAGUCUUCACACAUGGCCAGUUCUAUGUAGCAGUAAGUCGUGUAACCUCGCCACAGGGUCUAAAAUUAUUCAUCGAUGACGAGAAUGGAAACAGCACAUACAUCACUCAAAAUGUAGUUUACAAGGAAGUGUUCUACAAUUUACCAGUUAUUUAGUUUUUCCACUUCUGUAACUGUAAUUUCACUUUGAGUGUUGUUUGUAAUCUAUUUCCAACCUUAUUUUGUAUGAGGUACUAACUCGCACAUUGAAAUGGUUAUUACAUUAUCCACUGCAAUUUCCUUA